CGGCCUGAGAAAACUUUCUUAAAGUGGGGAGAGGAAUGUUUCUGCCAGCUUUGUGUGUGGCGUGCAGGGGGCGUGUUUUGGGGCUGGGAAGAGAAAACCGAGACGGUGAGGAAGGUGACUCGGGCCGAGGACAGGGUGGUCUGAGUCCUGUUUGGAGGCAAAUUCUAGAAAAUAAGGCGAUGCCGUCGUGAGGACGUCGCGCGCUCUGCAGGCCCGGUCCCUUCCCAGGGCCCCGCCGCGCUGUCCGCGGACCGACUCCGCCGCGCCGCCCGGCUGGCGCCUGCGCCCCCCAGCGCCCGGGCGGGCGGAGUUGCGGGUGAGAGCAGGCGGGUUGGGGGGCGGGGGUCCCAUGACGGCAUCGGAGCGCGCCGCGCUGGGUCUGGAGCCGGCCUGCGCGGCCCGGGAAGACCUCGCUCGCCCCCAGGCAGGCCCAGAGCCAUCCUCCCUCAACAUGGGGCUGGAAGCCCAGAGGCUGCCAGCUGCUGAAGAGGUCCCGGUGCGGGUUGCCCUGCGAGUUCGACCCCUGCUUCCCAAGGAGCUGCUGUACGGGCAUCAGAGCUGCCUGCAGGUGGAGCCAAGGCUUGGCCGCAUCACCCUGGGCCGGGACCGACACUUCGGCUUCCACGUGGUGCUGGCCGAGGAUGCCGGGCAGGAGGCUGUGUACCAGGCGUGUGUCCAGCCCCUCCUCGAGGCCUUCUUUGAGGGCUUCAAUGCCACCGUCUUUGCCUAUGGUCAGACGGGCUCUGGGAAGACGUACACGAUGGGGGAAGCCAGUGUGGCCUCCCUCCUCGAGGAUGAGCAGGGCAUUGUUCCGAGGGCCAUGGCCGAGGCCUUCAAGCUCAUCGAUGAGAACGACCUGCUUGACUGUCUGGUGCAUGUGUCCUACCUGGAAGUGUACAAGGAGGAGUUCCGAGACCUGCUUGAGGUGGGCACCGCCAGCCGUGACAUCCAGCUCCGGGAAGAUGAGCGUGGGAAUGUUGUGCUGUGUGGGGUGAAGGAGGUUGACGUGGAGGGCCUGGAUGAGGUGCUGAGCCUCCUGGAGAUGGGCAACGCGGCGCGGCACACGGGGGCCACGCACCUCAACCGCCUGUCCAGCCGCUCGCACACCGUGUUCACCGUGACUCUGGAGCAGCGAGGGCGCACCCCCAGCCGCCUGCCCCGCCCCGCGGCCGGCCAGCUGCUUGUCUCCAAGUUCCAUUUUGUGGAUCUGGCGGGCUCGGAGAGGGUGCUCAAGACGGGCAGCACCGGCGAGCGCCUCAAGGAGAGCAUCCAGAUCAACAGCAGCCUCCUGGCGCUGGGCAACGUCAUCAGCGCCCUAGGGGACCCCCAGCGCCGGGGUAGCCACAUCCCCUACCGCGACUCCAAGAUCACCCGGAUCCUCAAGGACUCCCUGGGCGGGAACGCCAAGACUGUGAUGAUCGCCUGCGUCAGCCCUUCCUCCACCGACUUCGACGAGACCCUCAACACCCUCAACUACGCCAGCCGCGCGCAGAACAUCCGUAACCGCGCCAUGGUCAACUGGCGGCCCGAGGCCGAGCGGCCGUCCGAGGAUGCGGCUAGUGGUGCGCGGGGGCCGCCGCGGCACCGCUCGGAGACCCGCAUCAUCCACCGCGGCCGGCAUGCCCAGGGCCCCGCCGCCGCCGGCGCUGCCGCCUCCUCCGCCGCGGCAGCCAAGCGCCUGGGCGCCGAGUGCGCGCGCUACCGGGCCUGCACCGACGCCGCCUACAGCCUCCUGCGCGAGCUGCACGCCCAGCCCGGGCUGCCAGGUGCUGCGGCACGCAAGGUGCGCGACUGGCUGUGCGCGGUGGAGGGCGAGCGCAGCAACAUGAGCUCCGCCUCCGGGCCCGACAGCGGCAUCGACAGCGCUUCCGUCGAGGACCAGGUGGCGCAGGAGGCCGGCGGGCGAAAGGAGGAUGAGGGGGUGCCGCAGCUGCUGACCCUGCAGAACCAGGUGGCGCGGCUGGAGGAGGAGAACCGAGACUUUCUGGCUGCCCUGGAGGACGCCAUGGAGCAGUACAAGCUGCAGAGCGACCGGCUGCGUGAGCAGCAGGAGGAGAUGGUGGAGCUGAGGCUGCGGUUAGAGCUGGUGCGGCCUGGCUGGGGGUCCCCCGGGCUGCUGCCGGGCCUGCCUUCUGGGUCCUUUCUGCCUCGGCCUCAUACAGCCCCCCUGGGGGGUGCCCACGGCCAUAUGCUGGGCAUGGUGCCCCCUGCCUGCCUCAGUGGAGAUGAAGUUGGCUCUGAGCAGAGGGGAGAGCAGGUGACAGAUGGCAGGGAGGCUGGAGCUGAGUUGCUGGCUGAUGUGAACAGGCUGGGAAGUGGCUCUUCAGCUGCAUCAGAGGAGGAAGAUGAGAAGGAGGAGCCGCCCAGGAGGACCUUACACCUGCGCAGAAAUGGGAUCAGCAACUGCAUCCAGAGGGCGGGGGCUCAGCCAGGGAGUCCAUCAGACAGGAGGGGCCCAGAGCUCUGCCUUGAAGAGUUGGAGGCAGCCAUCCCAGGGUCCAGAGUUGGGGCUCACAGGCUGCCUGUUGCAGCAGUUGGCGGGAGCAAGGCCCGGGUUCAGGCCCGCCAGGUCCCCUCUGCCACGGCCUCGGAGUGGCGGCUGGCCCAGGCCCAGCAGAAGAUCCGGGAGCUGGCUAUCAACAUCCGCAUGAAGGAGGAGCUCAUUGGCGAGCUGGUCUGCACAGGAAAGGCAGCUCAGGCCCUGAACCGCCAGCACAGCCAGCGUAUCCGGGAGCUGGAGCAGGAGGCAGAGCAGGUGCGGGCCGAGCUGAGUGAAGGCCAGAGGCAGCUGCGGGAGCUCGAGGGCCAGGAGCCCCAGGAUGCCAGUGAGCGGUCUCGGCUCCAGGAGUUCCGCAGGAGGGUCGCUGCGGCCCAGAGCCAGGUGCAGGUGCUGAAGGAAAAGAAGCAGGCCACGGAGCGGCUGGUGUCACUGUCGGCCCAGAGUGAGAAGCGACUGGAGGAGCUGGAGCGGAAUGUGCAGCUCAUGCGGCAGCAGCAGGGGCAGCUGCAGAGGCGGCUUCGUGAGGAGACAGAGCAGAAGCGGCGCCUGGAGGCGGAGAUGAGCAAGCGGCAGCACCGCGUCAAGGAGCUGGAGCUGAAGCAUGAGCAGCAGCAGAAGAUCCUGAAGAUUAAGACGGAGGAGAUCGCAGCCUUCCAGAGGAAGAGGCGCAGUGGCAGCAACGGCUCUGUGGUCAGCCUGGAGCAGCAGCAGAAGAUCGAGGAGCAGAAGAAGUGGCUGGACCAGGAGAUGGAGAAGGUGCUACAGCAGCGGCGGGCGCUGGAAGAGCUAGGGGAGGAGCUCCACAAGCGGGAAGCCAUCUUGGCCAAGAAGGAGGCCCUAAUGCAAGAGAAGACGGGGCUGGAGAGCAAGCGCCUGCGGUCCAGCCAGGCCCUCAAUGAGGACAUUGUGCGUGUGUCCAGCCGGCUGGAGCACCUGGAGAAGGAGCUGUCGGAGAAGAGUGGGCAGCUGCGGCAGGGCAGCACCCAGAGCCAGCAGCAGAUCCGAGGGGAGAUUGACAGCCUGCGCCAGGAGAAGGACUCGCUGCUCAAGCAGCGCCUGGAGAUCGACAGCAAGCUGCGGCAGGGGAGCCUGCUGUCCCCCGAGGAGGAGCGGACACUGUUCCAGUUGGAUGAGGCCAUCGAGGCCCUGGAUGCUGCCAUUGAGUACAAGAAUGAGGCCAUCACAUGCCGCCAGCGGGUGCUUCGGGCCUCAGCCUCUUUGCUAUCCCAGUGCGAGAUGAACCUCAUGGCCAAGCUCAGCUACCUCUCGUCCUCUGAGACCAGAGCCCUCCUCUGCAAGUAUUUUGACAAGGUGGUGACGCUCCGAGAGGAGCAGCACCAGCAGCAGAUUGCCUUCUCGGAGCUGGAGAUGCAGCUGGAGGAGCAGCAGAGGCUGGUAUACUGGCUGGAGGUGGCCCUGGAACGGCAACGCCUGGAGAUGGACCGCCAGCUGACGCUGCAGCAGAAGGAGCACGAGCAGAACUUGCAGCUGCUCCUGCAGCAGAGUCGAGAUCACCUUGGUGAAGGGUUAGCAGACAGCAAGAGGCAGUAUGAGGCCCGGAUUCAAGCUCUGGAGAAGGAACUAGGCCGCUACAUGUGGAUAAACCAGGAACUGAAACAGAAGCUCGGCGGUGUGAACACUGCAGGCCAUAGCAGAGGGGACUCUUCAACAACACCAAUAUCAGGACCAGGAUCAGAGGACCUUGAGGAACCACAUGCACAAGGAUUAUUCCAUAUCACCUGUAAUUCACACUCAUUAAAGAGAGCAGCUGCUUCUUAUUUUAUAAGAUUGCAGGGUCUGAUAAAACCAGUGCUGCUAUUCUGAAAUGUAGUACCUUUGGUCUUCUUGAAGUUAUCAAGUUUAUCCUCUAGACCUUCCACAGCUGACACAGAAUGGCUUCUAGGCAACCCCCGUUUCAGCGAUCUCUUUGAAGGGGAAAGCAUUUCCUGGUUGAAAAGAUUUCUUCGAACUUUGGUCACUUCUGAAAGCAUCAAAAAAGAAAAAAGAAAGAAAAAGAAAAAGCCAAAGAUUAUCAUCAAUAAAUGCUGUAUCUGAGAAAAGAUAACCAAAACAGAGAAACUGCUUAAGGAAGCUAUUGCUAUAGUCACAUUUGUUAAUAAGGUUUCCUUAAACAGUAUACUCCCAUAAUGUAUUAAAAAAUAUUUCCUUUUAUAAAUUUAAAAAUUUUUUAAUAUAUUAUUUUGCAUGAGGUGGGAGGGGUCCAAUGUCAUUCUUUUGCAUGUGGAUAACCAGUUGUCUCAGCAUCAUUUGUGCAAAAGACUUUUCAUUCUCCAUCCAAUUGUCUUGGUACCCUGAAUAUCAGUUGACCAUAAUAAAUGCUAGUGCUAAUUUCUUUUUUAAAGGCUAGAUAGAAUCUAGCAGUGAAACCUUCUAGUCCUGGGCAUUUCUUUGUGAGUAGUUUUUGAUAACUAAUUGAAGCUUUUUACUUGUUAUAGAUCUAUUGUGAUUUUCUAUUUCUUCUUGAGUCUGUUUUUAGUAGUUUGUAUCUUUCUAUGAAUUUGUCCAUUCCAUCUAGGUUAUCUAAUUUGUUGGUAUACAGUUGUUUGUAGCAUUCUAUUACAAAUUCAAUUUAAAUCUAACCUUUCAGGAACAUGAGGAAGGCCCACACUACUUAUUAAGUUAGAAGUUUGAUUCAUUGUAAUGAACAUAAUUCAUAAAUAAGAGGAUGGCCAACAUAUAUCCCAUGUUAUGAUUAUUUUUCUCAUUUUGGAUCUUUUUGCUGCUGUGUAUCCAGCUCAGCAUUGAGUAGAGAAACUGUUCUUUUCAAUUCUACAGAUUUCAUUCUCCUUCUCACUACUUUACUAAGCUGCUGGGCUAUUUUAAAUUUUCUUCGUCACUCCAAAUCAUGAAAGUUCUGAUCAUCUAGACUCAAAAUUAGAAAAAAUAACUGAAAAGUCAAGAAAUACUUGGCAAAGCUAGCAAGACAAUACCUUAAUCUUAAGCAAGAUAGCCUGGUGGAAGUGAUUAAAAAAUUCACUAAGGGUGAAUUCUUCGAAGAUUAAUCAUUUAAACCCAACCAAAUAAUCUAGGAUCCACAAACUGGGAGCAACCCUUGUGUUUACCCAUCAAUGACAUAAACAUUAAUAUCAAGGACAUCAAUAACACAUACCAAAGUUUUAAAAAUUGUUUCCCUAUCUCCGUUAUAGGAGUUCCUAUUAUCUAACUUAGGCUGUUGGUGAAACUAAUUUAUGACCUGAAAGCCAAACUUGGUUUGUUAUUUUCUAUUUUUCCCAAUGUUUUGAAAAGUUUAAUGUCUAUGGAAAGUUUCAAAUAAUAAUAAAAUCAAACAUAUGCCCAUUACUAAAGUUCACCAACUGUCAAUAUUUGUUUUCUCCUUCCUUCUCUAUGUACAAUAUUCUCCCUAAACACUAGAGAGUAAAUUGCAAACACUGCAGCUGUUCACUUCCUAAAGGUCAGCAAGUAUCUCCUAAGAACAAAGACAUUCUCCUCCAUAACCCCCAUGCCAUUAUUACACUCAAAAUAUUUUUAACAUUCAUACAACAUUAUCUAGCAUACACCUCUUCUUCAGAUUUCUCUAAUCAUCUCAAUAAUAUCCUUUCUAGUAUUUUUUUCCCCUAAAUUUAAGAUCCAGGCAGGGAUCAUGGAAUGCAUUUAACUGUCAUGCUUAAACUCCAUUCAUCUAAAACAGUUCCACUGCCUCUUUUCUUUUUCCUUUCUUCUGGCUUUCAUGAUAGUGGGGUUUUUUUUUUUUUUAAAAAAAGAUUUCAGACCAGUCAUUUUGUAAAAUGCAGUAUUUUGAGACUAUUCUUGGUGGAAUGUGUCCAUGGCAUUUGGACAUAUUUUAUUAGCCAACAGUCAUACAAAGCCGUAAUUUGUAACUGUAAGCAGCUGCUUAAAUACAUACAAUAAAAACAAAUUUAUCAUUCUAGUGAAUAAAUAUAUACACUGAGAAAACAGUAUACCUUGUACUGUAUCUUUCACUGGCUGGGAAGGCUGUUGAGGAGCUGGGUGAGAGUUCUCCUGAAAGAUAAGAAAACCCAAAAAGAAAUUUAAAUAGGCAUUCAUUGAAAUAAAAAUUUCACAUGAACCCUUUGACUCUUACAAUUCAUUUAUAGGGAUCCAUAAUAAAAAUAAUAAAAUGCACAACAGAAAUGUUCCAAAGACACUCACUGCUGCACUAUAGUAAUACAAAAUAAAAAACACUAUAAAUGCCCAUAAAGGGUGAAACAGUUAAAUAAAUUACAUCCCCAUUCAAUACAGACAUUCCAAGAAUAAGGAAGAAAGACCUCCUUAUUCUCUGUAUAUUUUCCAUUUUCCUCUCUGUAUAUGGUCGAGCAUCCCUAAACUGAAAAUACAGAAUGCUCCAAAAUCCGAAACUAUAUGAGUGCCAACACAACACUCAAAGGAAACACUCAUUGGAGCAUUUUGAAUUUCUGGAUAUGGGAUGCUAAACUAGUAAGUACAUGUAAUGCAAAUGUUCCAAAAUCCAAAAAUAUCUAAAAUUGGAAACACUUCUGCUCCUAAGAAUUUUGGGUAAGAGAUACUCAACCUGUACUAACAUAGAGAUCUGUGAUGGGAGGAAAAUGGAAAAUCUUAAGCAUUCUAAGUUAUAUCAUUUCUAUGUAUGUAUCUAAUAGAUCUGUAAAAAUCUUUGGUGUUAUUGGUAACUAUAGAAAAGGGCCUUGAAAUAUACACAAAAAACCAUCAUCAGUGAUUACUUCUCAAGAAUGGAUAGAGAAGGAACAUCCUAACUAUAAUUGUAAAAAUAUGUCACACAUCCAAUUUCCUAUCCAGGGGUCAGCAAACUACAGUGUACAGACCAAAUCUGGACCACCUCUUGUUUUUGAAAAUAAAGUUUUACUAAAACACA